GGAUCUUUUUGUCUGAGAACUGGAUCCCGCUGCCGCUUUACAGUGUGUGUGCGACUGGAGCCGCGUCUGUACCACACUGUCAAACCACUUCAAACGAGCACAUUCGCAGCCAGCACAUUUUAAUUUUGCCAUCUUAUACAAUGACAGUUUUAGUUUGCCGUUUCCUACGGACGAUGUUCUAACUGUUGGUUUUAACUUGGAGCAGGCUGGAUCGGGUUGUUUUCUGUGUAGCCUGUAACAGUCCUUAUUAGCGAGCUGGCGCUCUUCUUUCUAUUCGCUAUUUCUUUAACUUUUUAAACACUCAGCCUCGCGAAUGACUGAGCGCCGCCGGAGUAUGGGAUCCUUGGUGUCUUAGGAAGCGAAUGAGUGGGUUUUUUAACCGAAUUUAAGGAUCUAAACGAUGGCAAAUUCGACGGGAAAAAAUCUACCCGAUCAGCGAAGGAAAGGACUAGCUUUCCUGGAUGAGCUGCGGCAAUUUCACCAAAGCAGAGGAUCGCCGUUUAAAAAGGUUCCAGUCGUGGGUGGAAAAGAGCUGGAUCUGAGCGCUCUCUAUAUCAGAGUCGUCUCUUUAGGUGGAUUUGCUAAGGUUUCUGACAAAAACCAGUGGUCCGAACUUGGCGAGGAGUUUAAUUUUCCGAGGAGUUGCUCCAAUGCUGCUUUUGUGUUGAAACAGUACUACCUUCGCUAUUUAGAGAAGUAUGAGAAGGUCCAUCACUUCGGAGAAGAUGACGAGGAGGUGCAGCCAGGGAACCCGAAGCCGUCUCUCCCAGUUGGUGCGAUGCCCUGCUCCUACAACUACCAGCAACACACCGUAUCAGACUAUCUCCGCCAAAGCUACGGCCUGUCGACGGACUUCGCCCCGCCGUGCGACUACAACAAGCUGGUGCUGUCUCUGCUCUCCGGCCUCCCCAACGAGGUGGACUUCGCCAUCAACGUGUGCACCCUGCUGUCCAACGAGAGCAAGCACACCAUGCAGCUGGAGAAGGAGCCCAAACUCAUCACGCUGCUGCUGGCGCACGCCGGCGUCUUCGACGACUCGUUAGGUAGCUUUUCUGUUGUAUUUGGCAUGGACUGGAGGGAGAAGACUUGCCGGGACUUUGCGAAGUUUUGGAAAGAUGUUGUUGAGGACAAUGAAGUAAAAGAUCUCAUCUCAGACAAGAGCUGCACACCACAAGAGGGCUGGGAGCAGGGUGCUGCGCGGGCCGUGCUGUUCCACCCGCCGCGCACCGUGGGCAUCGGCGACGUGGAGGGCCAGCGCGUGCUCCAGGUGGCCAUCGUCCUGAGGAACCUGUCCUUCGAGGAGGCCAAUGUCAAACUGCUGGCAGCCAACCGCACCUGUCUGCGCUUCCUCCUGCUCUGUGCACACUGCACCUUCAUCUCUCUACGGCAGCUGGGCCUCGACACGCUGGGCAAUGUAGCGGGGGAGCUUCAGCUGGAUCCAGUGGAUUUUAGGACAACUCACCUAAUGUUCCACACAAUUACCAAAUGUUUGAUGUCGAGGGACCGCUUUCUGAAAAUGAGGGCCAUGGAGAUCCUGGGCAACCUGAGCAAGGCUGAGGAUAACGGUGUCCUGAUCUGCGAGUACGUGGACCAGGAGUCUUACCGAGAGGUUAUAGCGCUGCUCACCCUGCCCGACAUCAUGCUAGUUAUCGCUUCCCUGGAGGUGCUUUACCAGCUGACGGAGCUCGGCGAGAUCACCUGCUCCAAAGUCGCCUCUGUGGACAGAAGCAUAGAUCUGCUGGUGCGUCUAGUGUCGGUGGACUUGCACACGUUUGGGCCCGACGCUCUGACGGCCGUUAAACUGAUCGAGCAUCAGAACGCAAGCAGCCAGGUUGCGGAGGUGCGGCCGCAACUCGUAGAGCACGUAGCCCCUCCCCUGCAAGGCACACCUGUACCAGUGACGAGAGUUCCCGUCCAGUCUACGCCUCCUCCUGGCAUUGUGGAGAUAGAUGGAGAGAAGUUUGCAGUUCAGUGGCUGACGGCUCAUUAUGAGGUUCACGCAGAGGGCUCUGUCUCUCGUUCGGAGAUGUACUCCGACUACUUGGCAACCUGCAGCAAGAUGGCCCGCGGCGGUGUCCUCACCUCCAAUGGCUUUUACAAAUGCCUAAGGACGAUCUUCCCCAAUCACACGGUAAAGCGCAUGGAGGACACUAGAGUCAGCGGCCAGGCUCAGAUCCACGUGGUGGGGGUGCGGAGGAGGUCCGUUCCUCUGCCUGUUCAGCUGUACUACCAGCAGACGCCGCAGACGCAGCAGACCCAGCCAGCGUGUCCUGCUCCGGGGCCCAAGCACGAGGCUCCCUCGGAGGCCCCGGCGCACUCCCACUCAGCCGCGCAGCCCGGGGGACAGUUCGUUCGGGCGCCAGCACCCAGCCUUACUGCCGGCCCGGCAGCACCACCGGUUGCCUUUGGCGUUCACGGAGCGCCGCACCCCCACCCCCAGCACGUCCCCAACCCCGCCGGCGCCAACCCGCCGCCGGCGCCGCCCUCGUGCCCGGUGGCUUCGCCGCGGCCCAACGACAUCCUGAAGACGGCCAUGAUUCAGAGCUCCAUCCCCACUGCUCCCGUUGCCCCCAACCACAGCACCGCUGCGUCGGCCCCUCCGCCCCAACAGCCUGUCCUUCACCACGCUCCGGUCACGCUGAUCCAACAGGGGGUGCCGCAGGGCCACAUCCUGGCAGGCAGGGUGCAGGGAGCGUGCCCCCCCCUGAAUCAGCAGCACCUCCCUGCUCCGCAGGGCCCGCUGGGCUCCCCCCCACAGGAGGCGGUGGUGCUGGCGCCCCCCCAGUACGCCGGCGCCCCUUGCACGUCCCUGGUGGCGGGCGGACAAGUGUUCACUGUAGCGGGCGUACAGAAUGCACAAGGGCCACGCGUCACCUUCCAGAACAUCGCCCCCAAACCCGCCCCCAAACCCGCCUCGCAGGUCCAGCAGCACCAACAGCAGCAGCAACAGCAGCAGCAGAGUUUGGUCAUCGUCAGCCCCAACCCACAGCCCAAUCCUGCUUUUGCUCCUGCCAUCCACCAGAUAGUGCUGGCCAACCCCUCAGGCAUGCCGAGCGCCCAGACCAUCCAGCUGUCCGGGCAGCCGGCCGCCUCCCCACAACCCCCCUCUUCCCCCGGACAGCCCACCUCGUGCACCAGCCCGCAGGUGCUGGCCUCGUCCCCGAGCCCCGCCCAGGCUCCGGGCCCUCCUCCCACCGUUAGCCAGAUGCUGUCCGUCAAACGGCAGCAGCAGAUUCAGAUCCACCCGCCGCCGCCGCCGGCCCCUCCCCCGCUGCCUCCCACGGCCUCCGCCCACACUACCUCCACCGAGUCCAGCCUGAUCAAACAGCUGCUGCUUCCGAAGCGUGGGCCCACCACACCCGGAGGGAAGCUCAUUCUCCCUGCCCCCCAGGUACCUCCUCCAACCAGCACCAGGGCCCCCAGCCCGCAGGUAGUUUACCAGGUGACCAGCAGCGGCCAGGGCGCGCCGCAGACCCAGCAGCUAAACGUCCAGCUCGUGCAAAGCUCCCUGCAGGCUGGGGCUGCCGUACAGACUGUGCCCAUCUCCAUCUUACCCGGCCAGAUCCUCUCCACCUCGAACCCCACCACUAUAUUACAGGCCACUCCCAGCAACCAGGUCACCUUCACGGUAGUGCCAAACUCCAGCUUCUCAAACGCCGCCGCCAGCAGCCAGGGGGCGCCGUCCCCGCUGGUGCCUCAGACCAGUCUGGCCAUCAGUGCGUCGCCCCCGACGCUUGGCCUGCAGCUGACCCCGCCCCCACCACCCGCUGUACCGACCUGCACGGCGGCGCCUGUGCCGCCGUUCAGAGGCGACAAAAUCAUCUGCCAAAAGGAGGAGGAGGCCAAGGACGCCACAGGACUCCACAUCCACGAGCGGAAGAUCGAGGUGAUGGAAAACUCCAUGGUAACGGAAGGAUCCACCAAAGCCAGCAACGGGCAGCCUGUGGAGGUGGACGGACCUGGGGCCAAGCUGCUCAACGGGAGCAAGUUUGACUCGAGUCUACCUCCGUACCACUCAGGGAACAGCCAGCCAGAGGCCCUCAACGGCCCCACCACGCAAGGCAGCGACGCCCCGGCCAAGCCGGCGCCGGGGGGCCCGCCCUCGGAGUCCCGAAAGCUCCUGGUAAACGGCAUUUGUGACUUUGAACGCGGGGACGCCAGCACUGGAACCCACCCAGGCAAAAACAUUCCAAAUCACAAAGCUUCCAGACACAUGGGCAACGGGGAGGUGCUGCUGCCUCCGCGAGGGCACGUGGCGUCGGCUCUCACCGACCCCCUUCCCACCCCCCAGCAGGGCACUGCCAAAGCGGAGGCGCCGGAGCGCCUGGCCAACGGACCCAAAAGCUGCGGCCACGGCGCCGAGAUCACCAACGGCCCCACGGUCCAGCUCCCUGACCCUCCGGGCCCGAGGCAGCAGCAGCAGCAGCAGCAGCAGCAGCACCCACCUCACAACCACUCCGCGCCGCCCCCCGCGGGCGCCGGCUCCCCGCUGACCGAGCCGCCCACCAACGGCACGGCCGAGAACAGAGUACUGAAGAGGCCGGCGGAGGACUGGGACCGGCCCGCUGUGGUCUCUGGUAUCCCCAACAAGGUGGGCGUGAGGAUAGUGACCAUCAGCGACCCCAACAAUGCUGGCAGCAGCGCCACCAUGGUGGCAGUCCCGGCAGGCGCAGACCCAAGCACAGUAGCAAAAGUAGCAAUAGAAAACGCAGCACAGCAGAGACCCAGUGUGCCCACUACCCUUCCAGACACUGCCACUCAGCAGCCUGCAUCAACACAGUCAACGCAGUCUCCACCCCCAGGGGCUCCAUCUGCACAGGGAGCCAAUCAGAGCUCGCUUCCUCUAUCUGAGGGUCCACAAGCCACAGCACUUCCCUUGGAGCAGACUCGCAAACCUGGGCAGAACUUCAAAUGUCUAUGGCAGGCCUGUAAACGGUGGUUCGAGACGCCCUCGCAGGUGUUCUACCACGCGGCAACGCAGCAUGGCAGCACAGAGGUGUACCCGGGCCAGUGCCUGUGGGAGGGCUGCGAUCGCUUCCCUCGGCAGAGACUCUCCUUCAUCACUCAUCUACAGGACAAACACUGCUCACGGGAAGCGCUGCUGGCUGCCUUGAAGCUGGAGGAUCAAUCGCAAGGAAGCAAUCCCAAUACUUCCAAGUCUCCCCCGCUGGCAACCAGCACCCCGGCGCCGCCCCGGCCGCAGAAGGCUAUAGUCAAUCACCCCAGUGCUGCCCUCAUGGCCCUGCGCCGGGGUUCACGCAACCUGGUGUUCAGGGACUUCACCGAUGACAAAGAGGGACCGAUGACCAAACACAUUAGAUUAACUGCUGCCUUAACGUUAAAGAACAUCGCCAAGUAUUCAGACUGGGGUAGAAAGUUGGUGACGCGGCAUGAGAGCCACCUCUCGGUGCUGGCACUCAGCAGUAUGGAGGUCUCCACCACACUCGCUAAAUGCCUUUAUGAACUGACGCACUCUCUACAGGCUUGAGCCCAGCUGAACCCAAAAUCGCUGAAAUGGAAAAUGAAAUCUCGUCCUUUGCUGGCACACGAGAUGCCGUCGUUUGGCAGGCCACAGGGCGACGCCCCUCCUUCCCCUUGCCACGCCCUCCAUUCUGUUCUCUGUGCGUUGGAGUUUCUGCACCAUCCCACAACCUCCCCACUUACAAACUGCCACGGGUCUUCCACCAGCCACACAGAAACCAGCGCACGCUCAACUCUUUCCAAACGUGCCACCUCUCCGGUCCUGCCCCCAGACCGCCUCUCCACUCCCAACCAAACGAGCACAUUUUUCUGGUCCUGGAGGAAUGGUGGUGGUGGG